AUCAAAAAUCAAAAAACUUCAAUAGUGGAAGAUGAAUAAUGCAAAAAUUGUUUCUUGGAUUUUGGCUUCUGUUGAUAUUAAUAUUAGAAUCCCUAUGCGAGGAUUUCGCACUGCUAAGGCAAUGUGGGAACAUCUUGAAAAGGUCUAUCAACAGUCAAAUUGGGCUAGGAAAUUUCAAAUUGAAUUUGACAUUUUCAAGUUUGCACAGGGUGAUAAAAAUAUUCAAGACUAUUAUGCUGCUUUCAUGAGUCUGUGGACUGAAUAUGAGCAGGGGAUUAUGGGUGACCGUGAGGACUGUUGCUUACAGAGUUUACAGACUCUGAAUGAUGAAAGAAAAAAUUCAGUAUCCUCAGCUAUUACUUCUGCUUUUUCUGCUAUUGGUCUAUCUGGACCGUCGCACUGGGAUAGUGAAAGGGAAGAGGCGUAAGAUUGGUCGCUUGUUUGCCUUGGAAUUUGACAAAGGACAUAGUGAUGCUGGUUUAUUUGUUUCUUCUAAUAAAGAUGUCUCUAGUUCUCAUAAUCUUUGGCACUUAUGGCAUCGUAGACUUGGUCAUCUCAAUGUUAAGAGAUUAGAUACAUUAUUUACUUUUGGUCUUUUGAAUAAUAAAACUUUGCCAUUGGAUUCCAUUGAUAAAUCUUGUAUUAGUUGUUCUUUGAGUAAAAGUGCAAACUUACCUUUUCCAACUCAUUCUUCAACUUCAACUAAACCUUUUGAUUUGAUACAUAGUGAUGUUUGGGGUCCUUCUCCUGUUUCAUCUAGAUUGGGAUAUAAGUAUUUUGUUUUAUUUAUCGAUGAUUGCACAAGAUUCACAUGGAUGUAUUUUAUGCGACACAAAUCUGAAGUGUUCUUUCAUUUUAAGACCUUUUUGUCCAUGAUUAGAACACAAUUUGAUACUAAUAUAAAAAUUAUUCGUUCUGAUUCUGGGGGUGAAUAUUUACUAAAAGAAUUUCAAGAAUUUUUGAAGGUUGAGGGUAUUUAGUCUCAGAGGUCAUGUCCUGCUACCCCACAGCAAAAUGGUAUUGCUGAAAGGAAAAAUCGUCGUAUUUUAGGGGUAGUUAGAACUUUGUUAUCUAAUUCUCAUGCUCCUCCUAAUUUUUGGGUUGAGGCUGCUUCUACGGCAGUUUAUCUCAUUAACCGUAUUCCUUCUGAAGUAUUGCAUAACAUCUCUCCAUAUUACUCCUUGCAUAAAUGCCAUCCUGAUUAUUCUCGUUUACAUGUUUUUGGUUGUGUGUGCUUUGUUCAUUUACCACCUCAUGAAAGGACAAAAUUAUCAAAUCAAGCUACCAUGUGUGU